UUCGGUAUCCUACCUCAUCCAGCUAAAACGAAUAAUCCCGCCGACUUGAACCAAGAACCCAAAGAAGGUGGCGGUCUCCAAGGUGGUUCUGCAAACGCAUAUGACUUACCGGGCGUUUACAUCCCCGAUGCGCAAAUCGCCAACAGUUUAGAAAAGCCUAAAUCGUCAGAUGAGGUG